AUGUAUAUCAGAAAAACACCUAUACAAACAUUGACCUGUAAAGUUCAUACCGUUUAUCAAACAUUUUUUUUAUAUUAUUUGUCAUUAAAAUGGAGUAUUUCAACUUAUUUUUUAUCGUAAUAUUAAUUUUAAACGUGGAAUCUUUAAAAAAUAAGAACAUAGUUCUGAUUUUGACCGAUGAUCAAGAUAUUCAUUUGAAUAGUGUUGAACAUAUGCUGAAUGUACAACAAUUGAUAGCGAACGAAGGUGCUUCAUUUGAGAAUGCUUAUACUACAACGCCUAUAUGCUGUCCUAGCAGAAGUUCAAUUUUAACAGGACUAUACUCUCAUAAUCAUCAAGCUAUAAACAAUUCUUUAAGUGGUGGAUGUUCUAGUUCAAAUUGGCAAAAGUUAUUUGAACCUUUGACUUUUGGAAACAGUUUACAUUCAGCUGGCUAUACUACUUUCUAUGCCGGAAAGUAUUUAAAUCAGUAUGGAGAUCGUGCCGUCGGCGGAGCUGCACAUGUUCCACCAGGUUGGGAUUGGUGGUAUGGCUUACUUGGAAAUUCCCGUUAUUACAAUUACAAUUUAAGUAUUAAUGGAACAGAGAAAUUUUUUGCUAAUGAUUACCUGACAGAUGUGAUUGCAAACUAUAGCAGUGAAUUUUUAAAACAACGUCCCAUAGAUAAACCGUUUCUUAUGGUACUUUCAACGCCAGCUCCACAUGCACCAUUUACGCCUGCUGAUAGACAUAAAAAUAGUUUGCCAGAUGUUGAAGCUGUAAUAACACCAGCAUUUAAUUAUUCGAAUUUAAAUAAUAAACACUGGUUAUUAAGAAUGUCUCCAAUACCUUUGCCAACUGAAUCAAAACCAAUUUUGGACAGUGUCCAAAGAAAUCGCUUACGAACUUUGCUCGCAGUGGACGAACUUGUAAAAUCAAUAAUCGAUCAAUUAGAGCAAUCCAAAAUUAUAAACGACACAUACGUAAUAUAUACGUCAGAUAAUGGAUAUCACAUAGGUCAAUUUUGUCAAUUUUGGGAUAAACGGCAGCCAUAUGAAACAGAUAUAUCUGUACCAUUAUUCAUUCGUGGUCCAAAUAUACGACCAAAAUCGAUCAUUUCAAAUCCUGUCGCUAAUAUUGAUUUUGCUCCAACUAUAAUAGAAAUGGCGGGUUUAAAUAUUUUGCAUAAUUAUGAUGGAGUUUCAUUUUUUGAUAUUUUAAAUAAUCCUUCUAAACACAUAAAAUAUAAUCGAACUUUAUUCAUUGAGUACAGUGGAGAAGGUAACCCUAAUACAAUUUCGAACAAUUGUCCAUGGAAAUAUGAUACAGAAUUAUCGCAAUGCUCUGAAGAUGCUUGGUGUAAAUGCCAAGAUGCUAGGAAUAAUUCGUAUUCAUGCGUCCGACACUUUUCUGAUGAAGACAACAUUUUAUUAUGUAAUUUCGACGAUGAUGAGAAUUUUAUAGAAAUAUAUAACUUAGAAGACGAUAAACAUCAAUUAAGAAAUCUUGCAAGAAAUCAGCCGAAUCUCAUCACAAAAUUUCAACUAUUUUUGGAAACUUUAAAGCAAUGUUCGGGUAUUACCUGUUACUUGUAAUCAUUGAUGUCUUUACUAAAUACAAAUAGCCAACUUACCGUUUGGGUUUCAAAAUUACAAGACACUUCGAUGAAAAUUUCCGGUUGAGUU